AUGCCUCCAUGGCAGAAUAUACGCCAGGCAUGCCGUGCAGGGAAGCUACCGACCCGGAAAGCCAAAGCAGAGUGGGUUGAAGGACCAUGCAAGGAGAUAGAGUGCGACCUUAAAUUUAAGAACAUAAAGAAAGCCUACGAAACAAUCAGUAAGCUGACAACGAAGCCCACUGUCAAGUCUCAUGUCAUUGAGAACAAGGACGGAGAGUUACUUACGGAAAGCAAGAAAGUAGCCGACCGCUGGGCGCAGUAUUGCUCCGACCUGUAUACCUACAACAUCAACCCUGCCAUGGAGGUACUGGAUGAUCUCAAGCUAGGAAUGCCACUCAACGAUGAUGACAGAGAUCUAUCGAUAAUCAAAGAGGACGUAGCUGCUCUUGUAGAUAACUUGAAGGCAGGCAAGUCUACCGGCGAUUGCAUGAUCCCAGGAGAGUUACUCAAAGAGAGUGGCGUCAUUGACAUAUUGACAACCAUCUGA